AGCAGACAAGUGGAUGGUGAUCUUUAGUUCUGUUCCUGUCGUUCCUAUUAAUGCCGCCACUCAAGAUAUUUUAGAUUUAGUUCUCGUUGAAGUCGCAGAACUGAAGCGUAGCCAAGUAAAUAACGAGGAAACAGGCAAUUGUGAUGGAGGCAAGGCCCUUCAAAAGAGCCACGAAAGCAAAAGAAAGCCGUAA